AUGUGUCUCUGCCAUGCCAGCAGCGGCUUUGCCAACCUCGACAACCUCGCCGCGACCCCCGCAAGUGAUGCCGAGCAGGUGCGCCUCACCGACAAGGUUGUGUGAGUGCACGUGCGGCUAGAUCAUUCACUCCAUUGAGCCAAUCUGAUCCUGGCUUCCUCCUUCAGCCCCUCGCACUACGAGUUGGUCAUCAAGACCGAUCUCGAAAAGUUGAGCUUUUCGGGAACGGCCGAGAUCACGAUCGACGUGCUCGAGGAUGUGCCCUCGCUCGUGCUCAACGUCGCCGAGCCCCUCAUCAUCCAGCACGCCGUCUUGUCCCACACGUCGCUCAAGACCGAAUCGACCCGUCCCGCGAGCGAGCUCAAGCUCCACACCAAGCGUGAGCGCAUCGAGAUCACCUUUGCUGGUGGCCACGUCGCUGCUGGUCAGGUCAAGUUGGCUCUGCGCUGGCAGGGAGAGCUCGACAAUUCGAUGCAAGGUUACUACCGAUCCUCGUACCCUGCUCCCGGAGGCAAGGAUGGCGAUACGGUCAGUUCCCGCUGGUGUCUCGGAGCUGGUCGGAGUGUCCUGUGGCGAAGACUGAAACUGAGACUGACUCGACUUUGGGAGGACCCUCUUGACGUGUGAGACAGGCCUUCUACGCUUUGACCCAGUUCGAGCCCACCCAAGCCCGUCGUGCAUUCCCUUGCUUCGACGAGCCGGCGUUCAAGGCGACGUACGCGAUCAAGAUGAUCUCGCGCACCGACUCGGUCGCGCUCUCCAACUGCGAGGUCACCGACACCAAGCACCUCGGAAGCGGUGGAGCGUUCCCCCGCACCGACCUUUUGACUGACGCCUUCUUCACCGAAGCCGGACCUGCCGCUACCAAGACGGAAGGCAAGACCGAAGGAACGGUUGCCGCACCUGCUUCCAAGACCGUUUCGUACGGCGAUUUCAAGGACGACUGGACCUUGACGACCUUUGCGAAGACGCCCAAAGUCUCGACUUACCUCGUCGCCUUCGCCAACGGUCCUUUCGAGUACAUCGAGGCGAGCUACAAAUCGCCGCUGUCGGGUAGGACCGUGCCGAUGCGCGCUUAUGCGACCAAGGACAAUAUUCAUCAAGCUGGUUUGGCCCUCGAGACCAAGGUCCGCAUCUUGCCCAUCUACGAGAGCAUGUUCGACAUCGGUAAGCCCCAAUCCACUUCCAAACAAAUGACCCGUUUCUCGUGCUGACCAUGCCAUGCUACCGUUUUUUCUCAGAAUAUCCAUUGUCCAAGCUCGACACGCUCGUCGCGAGUGACUUUGACGCCGGAGCCAUGGAAAACUGGGGUCUCAUCACAGGACGUACGUCCGCCUACCUCUACGACCCCAAGAAGAGCGGUAUCAGGACGAAGAAGGUCGUCAUCGGUGUGCAGUCGCACGAGGUUGCCCACCAGUGGUUCGGCAACAUCGUCACCUUCGAUUGGUGGCACGGUCUGUGGCUCAACGAGUCGUUCGCGACCCUGAUCGGCGAGGUCAUCAUGAUCGACGAGAUCGAGCCAUCGUGGAAGAUUCACAGCAGCUUCAUCAACGAGCAUUUGUCUGGCGCGUUCCGCCUCGAUUCGCUUCGUUCGUCCCACCCUAUCGAGAUGCCUUGCCCCGAUGAAGAGACGAUCCAACAGAUCUUUGACGCCAUCUCCUACUCCAAGGGUGCGAGUGUGCUCAAGAUGUUGUCCAACUACAUCGGCCAAAAGACCUUUAUCCACGGUGUGUCGUUAUACUUGAAGAAGUUCCUGUACGGCAACACCAUCACGACCGACCUCUGGGACGGCAUCGCCAAGGCCAGUGGCAAGGACGUGGCCAAGAUUAUGGAGAACUGGACCAAGAAGGUCGGCUUCCCCGUCAUCACCGUCGAAGAGACGUCCGAGGGCCUCAAAGUGACGCAGAACCGCUUCUUAAGCACCGGUGACCCGAUCCCCGAGGAGGACGAGACGAUUUGGCAGAUCCCUCUUGAGCUCUUGAUCGUCAAGGACGGCAAGGCCGAUGUCAACCACGACCUGUUGCUCAUUGAACGCUCGACCGUCAUUCCCAUUAAGGACGUCGCCAAUGUCACGUACAAGUUCAACUCCGAGACAUGCGGUGUGUACCGCACCUUGUACCCCGAGGACCGUCUCGCCAAGCUCGGUGAAGAGGCCGGCAAGGAGAACACGCACUUCAGCUUGAGCGACCGCAUGGGUCUCGUGGGUGAUGCGAUGGCGCUUGCGACUUCGGGCUACGCCAAGACGAGCGGUGCUUUGACGCUCUUCUCCAAGCUCACGAACGAGAAGGAGAACCUCGUCUGGCAAGCUGUCGGCGAUUCACUCGGAAGCAUCAGCGCGACGUGGUGGGAACAGCCCGAGGACGUCCGAGGGGCCAUCUCCAAGCUCCGUCGCACGCUCUUUGGUCCCGUCGCCGACCGACUCGGCUUCGAGUACUCGGACGACGACGAUGUCGACACGAUCGAGUUGCGAACGAUGGCCAUCUCCGUCGCCGCAGCCGCUGACGACCCGGCGACCCUCGCCGAGUACAAGCGUCGCUUCGCGCUCUUCCUGGAGAAGGACGACGAGUCCCUCAUCCCUUCGGACUUGCGCGACAGCAUCUUCGCACAGAGCGUCAAGCACGGCGGGGAAGCCGAGUACGAGAAAAUUUUGAGCGUCUACAACAAGCCCGAGACGCCCGCGCAUAGGACCUCGGCUAUGAAGGCCUUGUGCGCCACUACCGAUCAGGCUUUGCUCGACCGCACGUUCAACAUGCUCAAGGGCGACGAUGUGCGAACACAGGGUGGGUGUUUCUCGCUGCCUCUUGCUCUCUUUGGAUGAGCUGUCUUACUGACUUGGAGGGCGUACCUCUUCUAUGACGUUUGCAGACUUUGCGUACUUCACUUCGAGCUUGGCCGCCAACUGCGUCGCCAAGCGUCAAAUCUGGCAGUUCCUGCAGGACAACUACGAGAUGAUUACCAAGCGCUUCAAGGGCAGUGAGUACAGCAGUCGUAUUUGAUCGCCGAUUCUUACCUUGCGUUUGCUCACGGAUAUGCUUUCUUUUGGCCACACUAGACUUCUCGAUCGGCGGUGUCAUCCGAUCGUGCUUCUCGACCUUGACGACGGAGGAGGACGCCGCGGCUGUUGAGGCAUGGUCCAAGGGCAUCGACUCGUCGGCAUGGAACCAAUCCCUCAGCCAGGGUCUGGACCGCAUGCGUUCCAACGCCAAGUGGCUCGACCGCGAUGCCAAGGACGUCGAGCAGUGGUUGAAGGAGAACAAGUUCUUCGCCUAA